AGUACGAGUAUUAUUACACUCAGGGAAUAACGUUCUUAAUACAAGUAUAACCGAAAAUGAUUUGUAGCAAUUUCAUCCUAAUGUAUCUUAAUGUAUAAUAAAUGUUAUAGUUAUUCGUUACCGUAUUCAAGCUGACUUUAUUUUAUACAUGGAUUUAAGUUCGUAAAAUAAGAAUUAAAUAUCUGACUUACUUAUCAUGAAACCGCUCGACUUUGAAAAUGUUUCCAUGAUAUUUUUCGACUGUGUGUGCAUUUGUUGAGUCACAAAUGGACCGUCAAUUCAGUUGCGCGCUGACAAGCGUAGAAUUAGAACGCCAAUUUUAUUGGCUCCCCGAGCAUAGCAGUGCGCCAAAAUGUCAACGACUCCGUUAAAUAGUACUGCCUCUUACGUUGAGGUGGAACUAUCUACGACUAACCAGCGGCAGCAGCAGCAGCAACACAAUGAGGCAUCAUACGGAAAGUGUAGCCUUCGGAAGUUGCUGAGCACAGCUGGCAUUAUUGUUGCACUUGUGCUAAUUGUGGUUGCCAUUUACAUGCACUUAAAACAAAAUCAUCAUCUCGGGCGUCUGUAUAUCGAUCUGACGGAGGCGGAGACGGAGGAGCACGAUGUCAAUGAGGUGACAGUUCCUUUUGAAGUGGUCAGCGCACCUGCCGUGGCUGCACUGGGAACACCGCCACUCAGCGAGAAUUGUCUGGAGUGCAUUGCAGCGACAGCGACAGCCAAUAAUCCGGCAAAGUGCAAUGGACAUCCGUGCAGCAUCUAUCGCAUUUACCGGCCAUAUUGGCAGGAUGCAAUGGGGAGAGUGGAUGGGAUUGAUUAUGAAAGCUGCGUCUCAGAACCGAAUUGUGCGACGGAUACUGUGCGUGCAUAUCUAGCGUCCUUUGCGAGGGAUUGUGAUGGGGACGGACUGAUACGGUGUCGGGAUCACAUAAUGCUGCACCAAUUGGGACCCACGGGCUGCAUGGAGAAACCAAUGCCGGCUACAAACCUAUGGCGAAUGUCCAAAUGUCUGCAAGUGAAAGAGAUUCAAUAGAGACAAAGAGUGAGAGAGAGAUGAAUGUGCCCUCAAACAGCGUG